AUGGCGGAGGGCGGCGAGCGCAUUAUUCUCGAGGAUUUUCUGCUGGUGGAAGAUGCUCUUCUGCUGGAAGAGAUGGCUGAGGAGGAUGAGGAGCUCGACCUGUACAACGAGAUGACUUUUGGGUUAGACCGAGACUCCACAGAAGAGGAUGUCCAAAAACUCCUGGUAGUACCGGAGAUAAGCCCUGAAGUGGCCAAAGCACUGGUAGAGGUGACUGGAGGAGCAGCUGAGCAGCUGGAGGAGCUGGCCGAGGAGGAAGGUGGGAUAGAGCCGGAGGUGGAGCAGGUUAACUCUCAGUUGGAGGAAGAGGUAGAGGAGCUGGGGACUGAGGAACAGGAGGAAGACCAGGAGUGCUUUGAGGAGCCCAGUGAACUGGGAGACCCAGCAGUGAUGAGGGCUGUGCGGAGCAAACCCACGCUGGAGAGCCAGGACUCAGCAGUGCUGGACAGCAGGAUUGGUACUUGCUGGGGAGAGUUUGGCAAGGAGGACAUGCUGUCGAUGGAUCCCUCGGAGUGGGGCUCCUGCCCUGGCAGUGUUCCGCGCCACCUCAUGCUGGAGGAUAAAGCCAUCCUCCAGGUCUUGGAGAGACCUCCACCAUCUACCAACAUGGACCUGGACUUCGUUGGCUCUCCUGUGCAGAGGGGCUAUGGGGGCUCUCCCUGGCUCAAGUGCCCUGACUUAAGACUGAUGUCCCCCAAGCCCUUCCCCCAGUGCUUUCUCCAGCAGGCACCCCUGAUGUCUCCUCAACCCUUCCCACCGGCUUGCAGACCCCCUCCACUCUUUGCUCCCAACCAGAUGGCAGGAUAUGCACCUCCAACCCCUUUCCAGCCUGGGUCCCCCACUGUGGGCAGCCCACCGCAGCCCCUGGGCGUGCACUUCAGGCCCAUGUCCUCUUCUUUGGACCCUGCUCUCAUCUUCAGCCCCUCAGCCAUGGGCCAGCUGAACUUCAGCACACCCAGCCACAUGACCCAGCUGCACCCCCAGCACCAGCGCAUCCUGAUGCAGCAGCAGGGCAGGCAGAUGCAGAGUGUCUCCCCCAAGAAGCUGUGGUCUCGUAAAGUGGACCCUUAUGCUGGACUGAUGACUUCCAAGGAGAAGGACUGGGUUGUCAAGGUGCAGAUGAUGCAGCUGCAGAGUGAGAAUAUGGAUGAUGACUACUACUAUCAGACCUACUACCACCGGCUGGAGCGCAAACAGGCAGAGGAGGAGCUGCUGGGCAGGCGCAACAAGCCCCCCAAGCUGGUCACGCCAUUCAUCCAAAAAGUGGAGACCUAUGACUCUGUGGUGCGCAUCGCUGGCUCGCUGGGCCAGGUCACGGUGUCCACCUGCUACAGCCCUCGCCGGGCCAUCGAUGCUGUGCACCAUGCCCUCGUGGAGGAGGAGGUAGGGACCCACCUGCUGCGGGCGCUGCACAGGAUCGAGAAGCUCUUCCUGCAGCUCCUGGAAGUGGAGGAGGUGCAACAGAAAGUGUCUCUGGCCCUGGGGGAGCAACAGCCCCACAAGCAGGAGCAGAAGAGCCAAAAAGUGGAGAAUAUCUACCAAGCCUUGAAAAUCAGGGCUUGCAGCAGUGAAGAGGAGGCAGAAGAUGAAUUCCUGCAGCUGCUGUGUGUGCGGAAGGGCAAGAAGCUCGUGGCCCGGCUGCUGCCCCACUUGAUUGGAGAGCAGAAGGAGAAGAUCCUGCUGACCAUCACCCACCACCUGGCCUUCCUCAUGAAGAAGGACAUGUUGGAUGAGUCUCUCCCCCUGCUCUACAGCCCAUUGAAUGAGGUGGUGGGUGAGAUGACCUUCAGCAAACUGAUUGAGAUACUGCAGGAGCUCACCCGGCCUCUAUCCAAGUCUUCGGAGCUCCCCCUCACCAUGGCCUUGAAGAACAAGUUUGGCAUCUCCUUGCUCUAUUCCCUGCUGAGCCACGGAGAGAGGCUGCUGUCCUCACAUGCGCCACUGAAGCCGUGCAGAGGGGACUUUGAGGCAUGGACAGACACGGUGUACCUGAUGUCCCGCGAGCUGUCGCGUCUGCCUACAGCCUCGCUGGCGGAGCCCCUCUUCCUGCCCAGCAACCUCGUCUUGCUCUUCUGCCGCUACGUGGACAAGCAGACUCUGUACCACCUGGCAGCCAAGAUGGCUGAGUGUUCUCCAUUGCCCACAGAGACUGAUGUAUUCUGCUGAGCCCUGGGUGCUGGGGAUGGGAAC